CUGUGCCUCCGAAGACAGAGGCAAAGGCUAAGGCGCUGAAGGCCAAGAAGGCCGUCCUGAAGGGGGUCCACAGUCACAAGAAGAAGAAGAUCCGCACAUCACCCACCUUCCGCAGGCCCAAGACCCUGCGACUGCGACGGCAGGGGCGUCUGCCAGCUUUCUGUUAACCACAGGGUCUCUCCUGCAGGCUGGACCAUUAUGCCAUUAUCAAGUUCCCUCUGACCACAGAGUCGGCGAUGAAGAAGAUUGAGGAUAACAAUACUCUGGUUUUCAUCGUGGAUGUCAAGGCAAACAAGCACCAGAUCAAACAGGCUGUCAAGAAGCUGUACGAUAUCGAUGUGGCCAAGGUCAACACACUGAUUAGGCCUGAUGGGGAGAAGAAAGCUUAUGUCCGACUGGCUCCAGAUUACGAUGCGCUGGAUGUAGCCAACAAGAUUGGAAUCAUCUAAACUGCGUCUACCGAGGACUGUACAGACAGGAUAAUAAACCCUGUGACACCA